GAGCUGCGCUGAGGCGCAGGCCGCGCCGCGGCCGCCGAGCUAGCGAGGCCGAAGCCGGCCGAGGCCGAGAUGAGAGUAGACGAAAUUAUCGAUUCUAGUGAACAACAGGGCGGUAGUUUUAUUGAGAGAAAAUGGCAGAAAGUGGUAAGUUCAAGUGCCCCUUCAAUUCCAACAGAAUUUGUGACUCCUGUGAAAGAAAUCAAAGUACCAGAUGAUUUAAAGAAAUGGCAAGAAUCACAAGCGUAUGCAGACUACAUGUUCUUUGUUACAGCACUGAAUGAUGUGGCCACCGGAACCAAACUUACCGACCAAUGUACAAUGUCACCGGCAUGUGAGAAGGUUGUUGCACUCCUUGAUGAAUUGAAUUCAUGGAUAGAUGAUAUACCCCCUGUAGACCAACCACAGAGGUUUGGCAACAUGGCUUACAGGACAUGGCACCAGAAACUUCAAGAUAAUAGCACUGACCUGAUAUUGAAGAUCUUGCCAGAGCAUCAGAAGGAUGCCGUGAUUGAACUGAAACCCUACCUGACUGAUGGCUUUGGAAACCAUACCAGGAUAGACUAUGGCACAGGGCACGAGAUGGCCUUUGCUGCGUUCCUCUGCUGUCUCUGCAAACUCAAUAUCCUAUUCCCAAGUGACUCGUUAGCAUUGGUCAAUAAAGUCUUUGUCAGAUACUUGGAUCUCACUCGAAAGCUUCAGACGACAUAUAGAAUGGAGCCCGCAGGGAGCCAAGGCGUCUGGGGGCUCGAUGACUUCCAGUUUCUACCAUUCAUGUGGGGAAGCUCACAGCUCAUUGGUCAUCCGAGGCUCACCCCUAAGAGUAUCCCACAGGCAGAUACAGCAGAGGGCUUUGCUAGUCAAUACAUGCUGUUUGGAUGCAUUCAUUUCAUCAAUAAAAUGAAGACAGGGCCCUUUGCUGAGCAUUCAAAUGUCUUAUGGGGAAUCAGUUCCGUUAUACAUUGGAAGAAAGUCAACCAGGGACUCAUUAAGAUGUACAAAGCAGAGGUUCUAUCAAAAUGUCCGGUAAUUCAGCACUUUCCAUUCGGAAACAUCCUGUCAAUUAACCCAGCAAGAUAGUGAUGCCUAACAUAGCAACAACAGAUAUUUCAUGAUUAACGGUAGUAC